AUGAUCCCAGAUAUCUGGGCCCCGCCGGCCAUCCGGGCGGAAGAUGAUGACGUGUCAACUGCCGAAUAUCUUGCACAUGUUCGUCAGCCAGUCCUACGGAAGCGCUUGUUUCUGGUUCUGGAGUCUGGACUCUGGUACAGCAAGCCACCCGACUCGCCGCCGGAGACUUGUGCCGGCGAGAGUGAGGCUCAGGAGAUUAACCCUAAGAUCAGAAGUGUGACGAGCCUCGCUUCCGCACCCUCUAGAUUUGCUUCUCCUUCUUCCAAUCCGUUGCCGGUGAAGUUCCCUGAAUGGCGGCUGUAUUUAAGGGAUUGGGAGCUACUGCAACAUGAACUUAUGCUUUCUGAGGUCGUACGAGAAGGGCUAGAAGAAGAAAUGGAAAGAGAUAAUCGGGUUUGUGUAAUGGGUGAAGAUGUGGGCUGUUAUGGAGGUUCUAACAAGGUGACCAAAGGCCUAGCUGAGAAGUUUGGAGAUCUCAUGGUUCUUGACACCCCAAUUGCUGAAAAUUCCUAA